GAAAAAGCCCUGUCAGGAAAUCCGAGAGCCGAGCUGUCCCGGUCUCCAGACGGGUCUGCACCCAGUGGUGUGUUCGCCCACCCGCUGCUUCCACACCUCAUGUUCCGGUCGCGGCGUGCCAGCUUAAUCCAGCGGCUCUGGAGGCUUCGCUGCGCAACGCUCGGCCCAGACGACAGCCCCGGGGCCCUCAAACCGGCUGCCCAUGCCCUCUUCAAGAAGCUAAAGGACCCCGAGCUGGAGCUGCUGCUGCGGGCGGUGGAGAGUGGAGGCGCGGGCGAGGUGGGCUGCGUCUGGGUGGAGCCACGAGGGCCCAAGCCAGGCCUGCCCGCCUCGCUGCUCCUCUGCCGUCUCUACCGCUGGCCAGACUUGCGCCACCCUCACGAACUCAAGCGCCUAGGCUGCUGCAGGAGCCCCGCGGGUGGGGGCGCCGUCCACUGCUGCAACCCGCACCAUCUCAGCCGGCUUGCUACCCCUGAAACUCCUCCGCCUCCAUACUGCAAGAUCUUCCCCUUUGUCAUUCCUUCGAAGUGUCCCAGUGCCUUGGACAACAAGCGUAAAGUCUGGCAAGACACCAGCCUUUCUCGACACUCUCUCAAAGAUGGCUACUGGUGCAAGCUGGCCUACUGGGAGUACCGCCUGCGGGUGGGAAGGCUCUACCCCGUGCACGACGACUGCGUGAACAUCUUUUCGGAGCUCCCGGCCGGCAACGGUUUCUGCGUGGCUCAGCUGGCGUCCCGAAGCCGCAGCCAGGCCGUCCGGCGCGCACGGGCCAAGAUCGGGCAGGGCCUGAUGCUCAGCCGGGAAGAAGGCGGCGUCUGGGCCUACAACCGCAGCGACCACCCUGUGUUCGUCAGCUCUCCCACCCUGGGGUCAGCGGUUCACAAGCUACUUCCCGGUUACUCCAUCAAGGCCUUCGACUACGAGCGGGCCAGCGGCCUGGACGGGUGGCGAGACCCGAACGAUGGGCCCUGCGACACCCACGCCGUCCGGAUCAGCUUCACCAAAGGCUGGGGGCCGAGCUACUCCCGCCGGUUCAUCACCUCUUGUCCCUGCUGGCUGGAAGUCCUGUUGAACACCCACGGAUGAAGGGGAGGGGGAAGGAGACGCUGGGGAAGGGUGAAAGGUUUGGUUGCCCCCUCUCUGAAUUCAGGGGACCUUUUUGCUGGCCCAGCAUCUUUUGGAGGAAGGAGAGAAAGAGAGUUUUGGAGCCUCAGUGAAUAUUUGUCUCUUCUAAAAAUAUUCAGGUUGAGAACAGUGUUUCCUCUAAGCUUUGGAGUCUCGUGAGCAGAAAUUCUGCUUUGUGAGCUCCUGGCAUUAAAGUUGUACGUUACUGCAUAAAUUAGUUUGCUCUGAGGCCAGGCGAGA